AUGCAGUUCUAUUCGACAGUUCUUGUUGUGAUCGGUAUUGUUGUGGUGUCUGCAAUAGAAAGUGGCGUACAUCAAUUGCCAAUUAAGAUGAUCGAUGAUCUUGAGCAGGAUCUACGACCGUUAGUGGCUGAUUCAAACCCACUUGCUACGGAUGGAUAUAAAGUCUACCCCGGACAGUUCCCGUAUCAUGCUCAGUUGUAUGUUAUUCCUCAAUCAUCUGGUCCUACUCUCCUAUAUGUUGGCUCGCUCAUCACACCGAAUUACAUCCUAACGGUUACGCCUAGCAGAAAUUUAAAUACUUAUGGAUAUGCGAUUUUGGGUUUCGACGAUGGAAGCAGCGAAGAAACGCAGCAGCGUAUCAACUACUCCCAAGGUGGUUUGCAGCUACAUCCCACUCGUGACAUCGCUACAGUACGUCUAGAUCAUCCAGUUACCUUCACGCAGUUCGUGCAGCCGAUUCGUUUGCCCAGCCUAUCCGACACCCGCACGUAUGAGAUGAUGGAAGGUACAAUUAUAUCAAGACGUCUCUUAACAUCGAGAUAUUUGCGUAAUCAGAUAAUGUCGAUCGCUGAUUGUCAGAAGGAGCAUCCUGAUCGAGUUAUUUAUUCUAAUCAUAUUUGCACGAAUACGUACGUAGGAGGAUUGUUCUGUAACAGUGUGUUCGGUUCCGGUUUGAUCGUUGAGGAUGAGAAUGGGCCAAUACUGGUUGGAGCUCUUUUUUCUUAUAAUCUUUGUGAGUAUACCUAUCCGUUGGUAUAUGAACGAUUAUCUGAGCAUCGUGAUUGGAUUAGUAUGAAUUCGGACUAUGUGUUUGAUUUUUAA